ACCCUCCACCCUUCUCCAUUAUCAUCAUCUUUUCCACUCCAUCUUCUUCUAGGGUUUCUCCUUGCAAGCACAUAACCCUCUUCUUUCUCAUUUUUGCACAAUAAAAGGUUGCAUAUAUAGCGGUAGCUUUCAAGCUAGAACGACAACAGAUCAAGUGAGAUAGCUUGGAAGAUCUCUCCGAUCCCCCACCAUAUAUACAGCAAUCAAGAAAUCAUAAAGGUAUGAUAUGAAAAUAUAGUGUGUUACGUUGCAUCAUAGAUAUAUAUAGAAAGGAUAUGUCUUCUUCUUCUUAUUCUUCUUCAAGUUCCAGCAGCUAUUCAAACCCUCCUUGCGCAGCCUGCAAGUUGCUGAGGCGGAAAUGUCUGCCGGACUGCAUCUUCGCGCCGUACUUCCCGGCGGAGGAGCCGCAGCAGUUCGCCAACGUCCACCGAAUCUUCGGCACCAGCAACGUCGGCAAGCUGCUGAACGCCAUCCCGCCGCACCAGAGGCAAGACGCCGUGAACUCUCUGGCCUACGAGGCGGAGGCGCGGACCAAGGACCCCGUUCACGGCUGCGUCGCCGCCAUCUCCGUGCUGCAGCGCCAAGUCAUCCGCCUCCAGAAGGAGCUGGACGACACCAAUGCCGAUCUGAUGCGAUUCACCGCAAAGCCCCAUUCCCAUCAGGGAUAUCCUCCGGGAAUGGAAUUCGUGUCGACGAUGAAUCAAACGGCGGCGGCUUAUGGUGAUAAUCAACAAAGGGUUUCCGUCAACGAGUAUGGACUGCCACUUCCGGCAGCCGCUGAUCGGUCGCCGUCGUUUUACCCUGAGGUGGUAGAUGCUGAUUGUUGAUUCCAUGAAUCUCUAGACCUAUAUAUAUGUGUAUAUAUACAAGCCUCCAGUUUUAAGGAGCUACAUACGUAGAUAUAUGUGUUGUCAAUAUAAUGUUGUCGUCCGUACUAGUUGAGAAUGUUGAAGUUAUCCCCACACUGUUUUGGGAA